GUCAUGUCGUACCGUACGGAGCUGAGCGAGAAGCUCUUGAAGUCCGCCCUGCAGUACGCCCGGCUGACUGGCGAGGCGGGGCGCAUGAGUCGUACAGAUCUCACCACCCAGUUGGAGCCCCUGGUGGGGACUCGAGGAGUGACCUUCCUGGCCGACCACGUUAUAUACCCCAAGGACAGAACUAAGGAUUUGGGUCAAUUAGCCGACUCACUCGCCCGCCAACACGCCGCGUACGAGCACCUGACGUACCGCCCCGUGGUGUCGGCGGUCAAUGAGGAAGACGGGGUGGUGUUUUCGGCCAUCUACUACGUGCUCCGAAACCGUGGUGCCGUACUGGAUGCAACGGAGCCCACGGGCCGUAUCAGCAAGGGUUUUCUAAUUGACAAAAUGACGUUCGACAAGAGCACGGGUCGCCUGCUGUCCAGCCUGGUGGCUCGUCAGAUGACGCUGGAGGAGCGAGACAGUCUGUUGCAGGAUCCGACGGCCUGGCAGCCGGCGGUGGUGGACGAGGGGGAGCUGGUGGCGGUGCCACAUGUGGUGGCGGGACCCAACGACUACAAGUACAUGGGUGAGGUGAUUUCCAAAUGGGUCGCCAUGUGGAGCAGCGGAGCACCGCUGGACGACCUGCCAAAGGUCGUUGCGUCCAACUGCCGGGAGCACGACGGGUACGGACUGCACAACAAACCCAACGGCAUUACGUGGCAGGGCCUGGACCAGGGACGCGCCAUCAUCGCCGCCGCACACAAGACGUACGACAUUCGCAACGAGCUGGUUUCGCACGCUGUGUCGUACGACCACAAACUGGGCUUCGAGCAUUGGCGCGCUGAUGCGGUCAACCGAGGCGAUCAGACGCAAACCCCGUUGGAGGGUAUUGGCCUCAUCUGCUUCAACCAGCACCUGCAGGUAUAA